GACCCACAUGCUCUAUAUCUGGCCAAAUACCACAGCAGCCUCACUGCCCCCCCCUCUCUCUCUCUCUAUCUCUCUCUCUCUCCCCCUUCUUCCAAAUCCGGCUACCACCAGAUCUGUUUAAUCAUCAAAAUUCAAAGAUGGUGCAAAAGCUCCUCCUUACACUCCUUUUGGUUCUACUCCUUCUGGGUUUCUCAAACCUUCUCUAUUCUUCUGCAAUUCCUACUACCAGGGUCCUCAAAUCAACUAUGGAAGAUUCUUCAUCACCACAAAGUUUACUUGUUCAGAGUGAAGUUCAGUUGGAGGAUGGAGAGGAGCUAUUUGAGGUGGGAGAAGAAGGAUUUUAUGAGGGGAGGAUGGUUAUGGAAAACACAGACUAUCCAGGAACAGGAGCAAAUAAUCACCAUGAUCCAAGAACCCCUGGAAGAGCUUAAAUAAUUGAACUAAAGUAAUUAAUUAAUUAAUUUAAAUAAUAUUCGUGUACAUGUAAUGAGCAUAAAAGAUUAAUUAGUUUGAGACAACCAGUUUUGCGCUGUCAUGUCUUCCUAUAAAAUAUGGUUCUCUAUUUGAAAAAAAAAAAAAAAAAAAAAAAAAAAAAGGUGAUAGAUGAUGGUUUUAGAUGCUGAAAAAGAAAGAGAGGGAGGGGUGAAUUCACUUUAUAAUGAUUUGCGUUUAUAUGAUGUUAUUGUAAUUUAUUAUUAAUUUGGUUAA